AUGGACAACGAGCGCAACCAGAAGUGGACAUACGACAACGCGACCAGCACACUGCAGCACGCGACGCACAAGGGCUUCUGUCCGGAUCAGGACGCGUCGCAGAACAACAAGAUCCAGCUCUACGGCUGCUCGCCCAACAACGCGCACCAGCAGUGGGAGGUGCUGGUGUCGGACGUUGUACCAGAUCCGACGGCCGAACGCUCUUCACGAAAGAAGGCAAAAGGAAAGCUCCUACGGGCCUUUGCUCCUUUCUCAUACAGGGACCUUGUUCUCUGA